UGGGCAUCCUAACCACACCUCGGCGUCCGUGGGAGUGCUCACAUCAGUCCUGGGACACUGAUUUCAUCAGCUAUGUGCAGAGAAGGGGAGCGGCUACAAAAGGACGUGUGUGCUGGUGUUGGUUCUUUCUGCGUUCCAAUCAAUCCCGGUGAUUCUAGAGGCGACUAUUACAACAUGCACCGUUUAACGCUACCACGCUACAGACGGCAGUUUGGUACCAGUCCUGCUCUCUUGCUCACCAGAGGCAGCAGCUGCAUUCCGUUCCUGAACUGGAGAAGGCGACAGUCCACAUGAAGAAUCCCGAGCACGUGCAGCGCGUAAUCUCGGCGCUCAGGAAAGAGGGAACAGACAAACUACAGGUCAUUUCGGACUUCGACAUGACUCUCAGCAGGUUUGAAUUUAACGGGCGACGAUGCCCCACGUCGCACAAUAUCCUAGAUAACAGCCGAGUCAUUAGCGAAGAAGGCAGGAAAAAGUUAAAAGAUCUACUGCACUAUUACUAUCCAAUUGAAAUUGACCCCAACCGGACCAUGGAAGAAAAACGUCCCCUCAUGGUGGAAUGGUGGACCAGAGCCCACGACGUCUUGUUGCAACAGAAGAUUUUGAAAAGUGACAUAGCCAAGAUCGUCAGGGAAUCCGAGGUGAUGCUCAGGGACGGAGUCAACACCUUCUUUGACCAACUCCACCAGCACAACAUCCCCCUGUUCAUCUUCUCGGCCGGCGUGGGCGACGUCCUGGAGGAGGUCCUCCGGCAGGCCGAGGUGUUCCACCCAAACAUCAACGUGGUGUCCAACUACAUGGACUUUGAUGACAAGGGCGUCCUGAGACAAUUUAAAGGGCCGCUGAUCCACACCUACAACAAGAACAACGCGGUCCUGGAGAAGACGGAACACUGUCAGCUGCUGAGCAGCAGGGCCAACGUCAUCCUGCUGGGGGACUCCAUGGGAGACCUGAGCAUGGCAGACGGGGUCGCCAACGUGGAGAACAUCCUCACAAUCGGAUUCCUGAACGACAAGGUGGACGAGCGACGAGGAAAGUACCGGGAUGCCUAUGACAUCGUGCUGGAGAAGGACGAGACUCUGGAUGUGGUCAACGGGAUCCUUUGUUACAUCCUUGGAGACCUGAACUGAGAGCCCAGGACCCUGACUCCGGCCUCUCAGGAUGGUGUCUUGGGACUGUGCUUCCCAUGGCAGAGUCAGGGCGAUUUGAAUCCAUCUUGAUGCCCUCGGGAGUUCCCCUCCCCACCCCCCGGCUCCCUCCUGGGCUUUUAUAAAUACCCUUUUGUUCGUCACUCCUGGGAUUGAGGGGUGAGCUGGAGAAACUCUCUGCUUGCCCCAACUACCUCCACCAUGUCUCUGCUCAAACCCCAGCCAGUGCUGCUCCCGGCUCAUGUCCCAUCCCACGAAAGCUCAAAGCCACUAAGGCAGGGUCGUCGUUUGGCUAGCCAGGCUGUCAGCCAAACGACGCAGAAUUAAAGAUGCCUUGCAGAGCUGGGGACCAACGUGUUUAAAUGGGUUCGUUCUGCCGCCCUAAUCGCCUCUGUCGGGGAGCAGGCACCUGUUUGUUGUAGGUCCAUCACAAAGCGUUCAGGCUGGACUCCGGCUGCAUGGUUCAGCUGCACAGCAGAAUUACAGCUUGCCCUGUGCUGCGGGGUGCAGAUGUCUGCAAUUUGCUGUGGAAACCCUACAAAUCCCCUGGUCAGUUCUCUGCUCCCUCUGCCUGCAACCUACUGGGACGUUUGUGGGCGUCACUGCUCCCUGGUGGCCGGAGAGGGGACCAGAGAUGAUUUUAGAGGGCGUAAGCCCCACCCCUGUCUGUGCACCGACCUGUUGUGGGUGGAGCCUGGAGCUGCUCAGAGAGCAUGGUGGGCGCAGGUGGGAAAUCCGGGUUGGGGGACGUUCUGGCUGCCUGGGCUUGUCGCUUGGAACAUUAACACUUUGGGUUUGUGAGAUGAUUGUGCAGAUGCAGUGAUGCUUAAAGGGGUGGGACUCUUGUGAGGAUUGCUGUCCGAGAGCUGCUUGUGUGAUGAACGCAAGGGCUGAGUUUGGUCAUCCCACGGUGGAGCAGGGUUUGCUUGGCUGCUGUGUUUUGCUGGCAGGAGGACGGGGUUGUGGUGUGCAGUGAAUCCCACUGGCAAGCGGCUCUCGCUGGAGCAACGAGGCUCCGCUGGCCAGUCACGUGGUGCUGUGGAGUGGAGUUGUUACAGCUGAAAAGUCAGGCAGCAGGUUUGUCGUGUGUGGACUGGCGUGUUGGGGGACAGUGGCAGCCAUGGGUCCUCGGGGUGGGUAGUUUAAAAGCGGCUGGGAGGGAGGGAGAGCAGGCUAGUUGUGUGUGGACAGGGGUGCUGGGGGACGCAGUGGUAGCUGUGCGUCCUCAGGGUGGGCAGUUUAAAGACGGCUGGGAGGGAGGGAGGGCAGGCUAGUUGUGUGUGGCUUUUUGAAGCGUGACUAUUGUAUAUCUAACCCUUUGUGCCGGUUCUGGGGUCUCCGGGCAGCACGUCUGUCAGCAACGUAAAAUCUCUCCCUCAAAUACAAAAAAAUGGAAAGGAAAAGCAGUGCAGCCCCUCUGGGCCCCGUCUGCUGGGAUCCCUUCCGGGCAUGACAGUCACACUGGCCUGAAAGAGGGGCUGACGCUGAGCAGGCGUUCUGGGUCCCCCAUGUGCCCAUGGAAGGACUGGCUUUACUUGCUUUACCGCGCAGAAAGCUUUCUUUAAAGAUCGGCAUUUCCAAAGGAGCAGGAACCCCAUGUCCCUCUGGCCUGGGUACGUGAGAACUGCCCACCGUGGCAAUCCGGGCUUUGCCUCGGUGGCAUUUAACUCAUCCUAGGGGGACCCAGACUCCUGUACUCGGCAGCUGGAUGGGGGACAGACAGCCGCUUAUCGACUGGGCUUGGCCUGCGUGCGGCGAACCAUCGGAGAGUGCAGAUGGCUCUUUCAGAACUCCCUGUCCCGCCCUGUCAAACUCCAUCUCCUUUCACGCUGCUCCUGUCGGGGAGAGCCAGAGGCUCGCGUUACGUUACAGGCAGCUCCCACCCUGCGCUCUCCUCUGUGGGUGGAAGGGACCUGGGUUCCUGCCGUGCAAAUCGUUACUAGUCCUGUUCCUAGCGAGGUGCCGUCCACGUGGCUGUCUCGCUGUGACCCAGCCUGGCAUUAGCAACCCAGGCCCCUGCAUUGUUUGUCAUUUGGCUUGGAGGAGCGGGGCUGGUCCAGGUUCACAGGCAGCCAUCUGGCUCGCUCGCUGGGUCACGGUCAGAUGUAAAUGUCCCUUGGGGGGGGGUGGGGGGGGGUUAUUCCGUUUGUU